AUAAGUGUUAAAUUAUGUUUUUCAUGUUUAUUUGAGGUAAUUGUGAUUCUGUGAUGGCAUAAACAUUUGAUUCAUAUGCAGUUAACAAAUAAAAUGUCUUUCAGGGUGGUAAAACAUGAGGUGACGAGCGUAGCAGCCGAAGUGCAUGCAGCCCCACCAGCCCUGCCUGAAGCUCGACCAAUAAGCAACUGCCAGGACCAAAAGCUUGUUGAACAGUUGGCGAAGACCAUCAAAGUGAUCGGUGAUAGGCUCGAUCAGGAUAAGUCAUUCAAUGACAUGAUUGAUGGCUUAGUAAAAGUGGCUGAUAAAAGAAGUUUCUGGGAACUUGUGGAAAAGGUUUUCACAGAUGGCCAGAUCAACUGGGGGAGAAUUAUAGUGCUGUUUUAUUCAGUUGGAAAACUGUCUGCAAAGAUGGUCCUUGCACGCUUACCCACAAUUGUUUCAGAUAUUUUGAUCUUAAGUCUGGAUUACUUCAGGAGGAAUCUGUUGGAAUGGAUUCGCAAAAUGGGAGGAUGGAUGCACAGUAUCCCUGCGCUGGCCUGUUUCUCCUUUGAGCAAUUUUCUGGUUCUUCACUUAGUAAAUAUUCUUCCUAUUUCGGAGCCACAUUGGCCUUCACUGGUGGCCUACUGCUAGGUGGCUUCAUCGUCUUGAAGUUUCCAAGAAAUAGCUAAGAGAAAGAAAAUGAAGAUGCUGCAACAGAAGUGUCCAUAACACUGAACGUGUGAGAAACCAUGUAGCUUAUAUCUGUAUUUUGUAAUUUGCCCAUUUUUUAUUGUAAUAUGCCAUAUAUAUAUAUAUAUA